AUGAGCCACCUCUUCAGUCCCCGGCUGCCUGCUCUGGCCGCCUCGCCCAUGCUCUAUCUGUACGGCCCGGAGAGGCCCGCGCUGCCUCUGGCCUUCGCCCCCGCAGCUGCCCUGGCGGCCUCGGGCCGGGUGGAGCCCCCCCAGAAGCCGCCCUACAGCUACAUCGCGCUUAUAGCCAUGGCGAUCCAGGAUGCGCCUGAGCAGAGGGUCACCCUCAACGGCAUCUACCAGUUCAUCAUGGACCGCUUUCCCUUCUACCACGACAAUCGGCAGGGCUGGCAGAACAGCAUCCGCCACAACCUCUCGCUCAACGACUGCUUCGUCAAGGUGCCCCGCGAGAAAGGGCGGCCGGGCAAGGGCAGCUACUGGACGCUGGACCCUCGCUGUCUGGAUAUGUUCGAGAAUGGCAACUACCGGCGCCGGAAGAGGAAGCCCAAGCCGGGCCCCGGAGCCCCGGAGGCCAAGCGGGCCCGCGCGGAGAUGCACGAGCGCGGCGCAGAGGCGCAGCCGGAGGUGGGGAGUGGGGGAGGAUGCCCCCGCCCCGCGACCCCCAUCCACGAGGGAGCACCCGCGCGCCCCUCGCCCCUCCGGGAGGGCUCCUCUCCGCCGGCGUCCCUCCGCUGGCCCAGGCCCGCGUCGCCCUCUGGGGACGCGGGAGACGCGCUCCAGGGCGCAGCGGCCGUGGCCUCCGGCCAGCCCGUGCGCACGGUGGAUGGUGCGGGGUCCCCUCCGCGCCCCACCUCCCGCGGCUCUCCGAAGAGCUCAGACAAGUCCAAGAGCUUCAGCAUAGACAGCAUCCUGGCGGGCCGGCAGGGGCAAAAGCCGGCUGGAGGGGGCGAGUUCCCGGGGGGCGCCAAGCAGGGGCCCGGAGGCUGUCUGGGCGCCUCACUUCUGGCCACCUCUUCCGGCCUCCGUCCGCCUUUCAACGCUUCCCUGAUGCUCGACCCGCACGUCCAGGGCGGCUUUUACCAGCUCGGGAUCCCUUUCCUCUCCUAUUUCCCUCUGCAGCUCCCCGACACGGUGCUUCAUUUCCAGUAA